AUGAAACGUAUAACUGUUAUACUUGUUUUUCUUUUGACAUUCUUAACGGCGCGUGGUGCGGAGCAAAUAAGCACCGACUACCACGCCCUGUACGGCAUUCCUGAAGCCCACAGAAUAAGGGAUCUAGAGCGAUCUAGCUUUCCUGGGUUCAGGCUAAUAGGGGCUGUCGCGGCCAAUCUUGGAGACUAUCCAUACUUCGCAGGACUUCUAAUAAAGCUCACAAGCGGUUCGACAUCAGUAUGCGGCUCGUCCCUGCUAUCCCACACGAGGCUGGUGACGGCGGCGCACUGCUGGCGCACGGAGCAGCACCAGGCGCAGCUGUUCACCGUGGUGCUCGCCUCCACGCGCCUGUACUCCGGCGGCACCCGCAUCCCCACCAGCAGCGUGGAGGUCCACGCCAGCUACGUCCCCAGCAGUCUGAGCUAUGAUAUCGCUUUGAUUACAAUUAGCAGAGUUGAAUUUAGUAGCUAUAUUCAGCCAAUAGCGCUGGCAUCCGGAGAUCAAGAUUACGUGGGUACGUGGGCGAAGGCGGCUGGCUUCGGGAAGACAAGCGACUCGCAGCAGUACAUAACUCGCAGCAGCUACCUAGGGCAGGUGACGCUGCAGGUCAUCAGCAACGCGGUGUGUCUGCAGACGUACGCGCCUCGGUUCGUGCUGCCCACUACUCUCUGCACCAGUGGCGCGGACGGGCCGAGCACGUGCGCAGGCGACUCUGGCGGCCCACUCGUUCUUGCAGCUAAGGGAAAUGAUACUUUGGUUUGGGCAAUACAAUUUCAGAUCGGUAUAACCUCGUUCGGGUCGGUGCGCGGCUGCGAGCUGGGACUCCCGUCUGGCUUCUCUAGAAUCAGUGCUUUCCGCUCCUGGAUACAGAACCGUUUGUGAUGGCCAAUAUAUCACGUGAAUUUUAACCCAAACUUAGCUUAUGAAUCACUUCUACGAAAUUAAAUCAUAUUUGACUUUCUUUCAAACUUUAUAAAUAAAUUUUUUUAUUAUCACUAAGAAGGUUCGUGCUGACAUCAUCUUUUUUAUUUGUUGUAGGCUUUUGAAAUACUUUUUAAAACUUAAUAGUAUUGCCAAGUAAUGUAUCAUAAACAUAAAGCAAAGAGCAAGAGGCAAUUGCCGAUAAGACGUGCGCUGUAAUGCACAAGGUACACAGUGAUUGACGACACAAAUUGUCGUCCCAGUCUGCCGCAGCCAGCGUCACCGCCACUCUGCCUGAGCCCCGUCCACACGCGGUGCGCACUCCU